CAUAGUACGGAGAUCUUUUCACUGCUCGAAUGAAAAUUCUUUUUCUCGUCGUUUUCUUUUAAUAUAACAAUUUGUUGUCUUUUCGUUGUGAGAGAAGAACCCAGGCGCAGGAAAGCGCUUUGGUCUAACUAAACCAAUUAAAACACGCGGCUGGAGCUGUCAGUUUGGUUGCUGGUGGAGAUGAAGUUGGUCCCGGGAAUGAAAUCACUGCAACAGCUGAGUUUUGAUCCAGACCCGGACAAUAAGGAACUCUAGGCUGCUACAACGGAGUAUGCGGACGUCUUUAUUGUAUCCCUCACUCUGAACAAUUAUUUGUUUUUCGGCCGGGAUAGGAUUGUACUAAGCAGUGCUUGGCUGUUGACAAACCGAUUUACACCUGCUCUCAGCAUGAUAUUCUGACCAUUUAGCCUACCUAAGAACUUUUACUGGUCACAAGAAUGGAGUGGAUUUUACAUCUUCUGGCGCUUUCUGCAAUGCUCCCAUGUCUCACAGUGCCAGUCGACGCGCAAACCCAGGAAGUGGUGUGUCUGGGCACAAAGAACGGCCUGAGCAUCACAGGCUCGUCUGAGGAACAGUACAAGCGGCUGAAGGACAUGUACACCGGCUGCGAGAUCGUCAUGGGGAACCUGGAGAUCACACACAUGGAGCACAACCGCAACCUCUCCUUCUUUGAGUCUAUCAGGGAGGUGACGGGCUACGUGCUGGUGGCCCUGAACCAGUUUGCCCGGCUCCCCCUAGACCAUCUGCGCGUGAUCCGGGGGACCUCCCUGUACGAGGGCAAGUACGCGCUAGCCGUGCUGGUCAACUACCAGAAGGACGGGGUGCAUGGGCUGAAGGAGCCAGGACUCACGCACCUCACAGAGAUUCUGAAUGGAGGCGUUCAGAUCGUCCAGAAUAAGUUCCUGAGCUACGCAGCCAAGGUGAACUGGCUAGACAUCGUGAGCAGCGCUGACAUCUCGAUUCAGGAGAAUGGACCCAACAUGCCAUGUGACGAGGAAUGUCAGGGGCCAUGCUGGGGCCCAGGGAAUGACUCCUGUCAGACCUUGACAAAGACGGUGUGUGCACCGCAGUGCAAUGGCCGCUGCUUUGACAAGAGCCCGAGUGACUGCUGCCACAUGGAGUGUGCUGGAGGCUGCUCCGGCCCGCUCGACACACACUGCUUCGCGUGUCGAAACUUCAACAACUCGGGCUCCUGCGUCUCCCAGUGCCCGCAGGCCUUCAUCUACAACAAGGAGAAGUACAAGAUGGAGCCCAACCCCAACGCCAAGUACCAGUACGGAUCCAUCUGCGUCUCCCAGUGUCCCACCAACUUCCUGGUUGAUGGUAGUUCUUGUGUGAGUCGUUGUCCUCCAGACAAGACAGAGGUGGACAAGGAGGGGACGAAGAGGUGUGAGCGCUGUGAGGGACUAUGUCCAAAAGCAUGUCAGGGUACCGGAGGCGGCUCUGAUUCCAGACAAACGGUGGAUGCCAAUAACAUUGACAGCUUCAUCAACUGCACCAAGAUACAGGGCAGCCUGCAUUUCCUGGUCACUGGCAUUGAAGGUGACCCGUAUAGGAAUAUCCCUCCACUCGACCCAGAGAAACUGAAAAUCUUCAGCACAGUCAGAGAAAUCACAGACAUCUUGAGUGUGCAGUCAUGGCCGAAAGAGAUGCGCAACCUGUCUGUCUUCUCCAACCUGGAGACCAUACAGGGACGAACACUCUUCAGAGGAGUUAGCUCCAGAAGGGGUUAUGCUCUGCUGGUGAUGAAGCUUCCCCAUGUGACGUCGCUGGGCCUGCGCUCGCUGCGCCAGAUCAACGACGGCAGCGUGUACAUCACUGGCAACAAGCAGCUGUGCUACUACAACACCAUCGACUGGACGCGCAUCCUCAGCGGACACCGCAGCCAACGCCGACACAAGAACCUGGACAUCAAGGACAACCGGCCAAUCAGAGAGUGCGUUAAGGACGGGUUUGUGUGCGACCCCCUGUGCUCGUCGGAGGGCUGCUGGGGCCCGGGACCCGACCAGUGUUUGUCCUGUCGAAACUUCAGCAGAGACGGAGAGUGUGUGGACUCAUGCAGGUCUCUCUACGGUGAGAGUCGUGAGUUUGUGGGGCCUAAUCGUGAGUGUAAGCCAUGUCAUUCAGAAUGUCAAGUUCAGGAAGGACAGCCCACAUGCACUGGCUCGGGUGCUCAUGAGUGUGUGGUGUGUGCCAGCCUGAAGGACGGUCCGCACUGUGUGUCCACCUGCCCCAAGGGGGUGAUGGGUAAAAACGGCCACAUCGUCUUCAAGUACAUCAGCAACCGCAGGAGCUGUGAACCAUGCCACACCAACUGCACCCAGGGAUGCACCGGCCCAAAGCAGGGAGACUGCAUGGGACUCGCACGAUCCGGAUCCAGUCUGCCGGUGAUUGGUAUAGUGCUGGGUGCCAUAGCCAGUGCGGUGGUGGCCCUGUCGGUCUUCCUGAUGGUCAUCGUUUACCGACGCAAAGUUGCCAUCCGACGCAAGCGAGCCGAGAGGAGAUACCUCGAGAGAGGAGAGAGUUUUGACCCUCUGGAGCCGGGGGAGAAGGGGGCCAAGGUGCUCGCUCGUGUGCUGAAGACCUCGGAGCUACGCAAGAUCACACUGCUGGGCACGGGCGUGUUUGGCUCUGUGCAUAAGGGUAUCUGGAUCCCAGAGGGGGACACGGUGAAGCUGCCGGUGGCCAUCAAGACCAUUAACGACCGCACCGGCAGACAGAGCUUCCACGAGGUCACCGAUCACAUGUUGGCGAUGGGCAGUCUGGAGCACCCGUGUAUCGUGCGGCUCUUGGGCAUCUGCCCGGGUGCCAGUCUGCAGCUGGUCACCCAGCUCAGCCCCCACGGCUCCCUAUUGGAGCACAUCAGACACCAGCAGGAGAACCUCAACCCACAGAGGCUGCUCAACUGGUGUGUGCAGAUCGCCAAGGGUAUGUAUUACCUGGAGGAGCAACGGAUGGUGCACCGGAACUUGGCUGCUCGGAAUGUUCUUCUGAAGAGCGACAACCAGGUCCAGAUCGCAGACUAUGGCAUCGCAGACCUCCUCUUCCCUGACGAUAAGAAGUACUUCUACAACGACACCAAGACUCCUAUUAAAUGGAUGGCCUUGGAGAGUAUUUUAUUCCGUCGCUAUACCCAUCAAAGUGAUGUCUGGAGCUAUGGUGUGACCGUGUGGGAGAUGAUGUCAUACGGGGCGGAGCCGUACUCCUCCGUGCGGCCACAGCAGGUGCAGGACAUCCUGGAGAAGGGCGAACGGCUGCCCCAGCCUCAAAUCUGCACCAUAGAUGUCUACAUGGUCAUGGUCAAAUGUUGGAUGAUUGAUGAAAAUGUGCGACCCACUUUCAAAGAACUGGCCAAUGACUUUACACGAAUGGCACGAGAUCCUGCUCGCUACCUGGUUAUAAAGGGGGACCACACUCUGCUGGACGCCGAUGACAUUGAGAUCUGCCAGGUAGGGACGGAGAUGGACGUGCUGAAGGUUGGACUGGACGACCCAGAGGAGGAGAUCUCAGAUGACGAGAUGCUACGGCCCCCCAUGUACCAGUCAGCAUCCAGGAGCCUGUCCCGCUCACGCACCGAGAGCCUCAGGGUUGGACCAAGCCCCCCUGGUUACCUGCCCAUGACCCCCCAUGGGGGAGCAGACAGCCAUAGCCAAGCGGGGUGGUCGUCCCGCGCGCGUCUCAACUCGGCGCGCACCAUGUCCGAGAGCUCGGAGGGCCGCGGCACCAUGGUGGACGGGGACCUGGCGGAGGACACAGCCUUCGUAGGCAGCCUGCGGAGGACGCGUAGGCGCGAAGACAGCGCCUACAUGUCCCAGAGAGACAGCCUGUACGGGCUGCAGGACCCGCUGGCGCCCGACACGCCCUCCCCCAAGACGGACGGCGAGGACGACCAGAACGGAUACGUGCUACCGGGCCUCAUGGACAGCCCUGAGAGAGACCCGCUGCUGUGCUCCAGGGAGGACUACGAAUACAUGAACAAGCAGAGCUUCUCUGGCCGCUCUCCUCAGAAGCGUCGCGGCCGCAUCCCGUCCGACAGCAGCUACUCCUCUCCGAGCUCCCGCCACCACCAGCAGCCCCAGCCCCACCCCUACCACAGCUCCACCAAGCGCUCCUCCAUCGGAGACUCCGAGAGCAGCGGCGCCGUGUCCCAGUUCUCUACCGACGAGCAGAGCCGCAGUGAGGACGAGGACACGACCCCUCGAGACACCGCCCCCUUCCCCGAGCGCUACUACAGCCGCGACGGGGAGUACGUGGAGCCCGGGGAAGAACAGCGCCACCCGGUGGAGUACGAGCUCAUGGACGUGCGCAACACCGGCAGGAGGAAGAAGCAGGCCAGCGUCAGCCCCGUUAAGCCCUUCAAGUUCACCUUCCCAGACGUGGGAGGAGGAGGAGGCCCUGGGAUGGAGCUCACACCAAUAUCGGCCGCCACCCCGAGCCCUGACACGGAGGAGGAUGAUGGAGAGGAAGGGGGAAGAGGGGAAGACUACCUGUACAUGAACAGGCAGCAGCCCCGGCUGAAGCAGAGGAUCACGGGAGGAGGACAACGAGGAGGAGGAGGACAACGAGGAGGAGGAGGAGGAGGAGCAGGGCUAGCUCCGGCGCGAGGGUCCAGAGGAGGGCUACAAAAAGGGGACUCGUGCGAGUACGAGGAGAUGGAGUGUCAGGGCGUCGGCGGUACCGCAGCUGGAGAUGUGGAGUACCAGAACAUCCAGAGUGAGGAGGAGCUGGAGGAGGAGGAGAGGGAGAGGGAGGUGAAGGGGGAGGUGGAGGGAGGAGUGACGCCUAGGGCAGGGGAAGGACCAGAGGCUCGGCCCCUUGCAGAGGUCAGCCCGUACGUGACGGUGCGGGCGGGAGUCGCGGCGGAGGAGCAGACGGGAGAUCAGUCCUUUGACAACCCAGACUACUGGCACAGCAGACUCUUCAACAAAGCCAACGCUGUACCCUCAUAGGACAACGCUUUGCCCGCCCCUCAUAGUCCAACGCUGUGCCCUCAUAGGCCAACGCAGUGCCCUCAUAGGUUGCUUUUACUGCUGUUUUUGUUCCGCUACAAACCCUGAACUGACAGGCCUACAUACAGUAUAACUUUUUAAAAUAUUUUUUUGGGGCAUUUUAGCCUUAAUUCAGACAGGACAGUAGAAGAUGGAGACAGGAAAUCAGUGGGAGACAGAGACGGGGUAGGAUUGGGAUGUGACUCGAACCUGUGUCCCCAUGGGCAUGCAAGCGCAGAUGGGGGGGGCUUAGGGUGCUGCGCCACAGCACCCCCCGCAGUAAAAAUCUUGCCAUUGCUGUGGGAUCAUUUUGUGUUCAAACGUCGAACAUUUUUGGAACGGAACAAAUGGGCAAACAAGCGCACUGUAAACUAACCGCUCUUGAGGCCGAUUGAAAUGGAGCUGAGAUCACCCCAUCCAACCAAUCUGGAAUUGAUUGUUUUGAACCAGAACAGAGGAUGAUUGUUGUUUUCACAUAUACCAACCAAACUGUUCCUGUGUGACAGACAAUACAUGUUUCAAAGACUUUGAUUCAAGACACUGUAAAGUUUUACACUGUAAAUGAACCAUUCUAGAGUUCAAUUGAAUAGCAGCUGAGAUCACCCCAUCCAAUCAAUCUGGAAUGUUUUGUUUUGAACCAGAACAGAGAAAUAUAGUUGCUUUCACAUAUAGUAUGUGCUCAACCCAACUGUUCCUGUGAGGCAAACGAUCCAUGUUCUGUUUCGAUGAGAAGUCACACAUGACACAGAUGGAAGCAAGAGCAAGACAGCAUGGAGUGUACUUUGACCUUAACUGACUCAGUCAUGAAAUGUGAAACGUCUUUGUGUAUGUGUGUGUGUAUGUGUGUGUGUGUGUGUGUGUGUGUGUGUGUGUGUGUGUGUGUGUGUGUG